UCAAUGAUAUUUUUCUGUGAUUAGAUAUUACAUUUUACUUUAAUUUUUCAAUAAAAUGUUAAGAGAGAUUAAUAUAUUUAAUGUGACGUAAUGCGCAUGCGUCGCGCGAAUCAUUUAACCAUCUUUACGACGUAAACAACGUCACUACUCUAUUAGUUUGUGCCAGCCAGACACUCGUUCAUAUCACUCUCGUUAAUUACAGAUAAUUAAUAAAUUUUAUCUAACGUAGACUCUCUUUUUAUAUAUCAAUCGAUAGUUAAACGCAUGAUUUUUAUGGAGUCGCGAGACGGCUCAUUAUCGCGUUUAAAACAUUUACGAAAAUAAAAUUGGUCUUUGAUAAAUCAUCCCGUGAAACUAUUGCGUCGUACUUUUUCUUCUAUUUUCCAGAUUUAUUUUCAUAACAUCAAUAUUUCUCUCGCUUUUAAACUAUCUUCUGAUCAAUAAUUUUGUGUUUAUAAUUUUAAUCAAUCGAUAUCUUGCAUUAUAUUUGAUUUUCAUAUAUACUCUCUCUCUCUCUCUCUCACACACACACACAACACAACCUUAAAUAUUUUUUACACACAUCAACCACACACUUUUAAUCUUAUCUGUAUAUAUUAAAUCAAUAAACAUGUGAAACGAUGUUGUUCACAGUGUACUAGCACUAUUUAUACUAAUUCAACUAACCCGAUUAUUGUUAUGUGCAAUAGCGUAUAAAUUACUCAAACUUAUAAAAUGAUAUGAUAGUGCAUGGCGGAGUAUUUCCCGCUUACAAUUGUAGUUCAUAUUUUGUCCAUACCUGUCGCUGAAGUCACACACGCUUCGAGCGAAAGGUGAAUUGACUCAACGCGGUAUUUUGUCGAUUUGUUAAUUUUUAAAUGAAUUUUUGUUGAUAAAAAAUUAUUACUAUGCAAUAUAUCAAUAUGUUAUAAUAAGUACAAAAUAUAUUAGAUUAAGUAUUCGUAACCUCGAUAUACGUAAACAUUAAGAACUGUUACAUUAUUUUCGUACUUAUAUGGAUAAAAUAUAUUUAAUAUUAGACACCUUAUUUUAAUGCAAGUUUUUAAAAUUUAAUAUAUUUUAAAAUUUUCUAAUGAAAAAUGUCAGAUGCUUUUGAAGAAAUACAAGCAAUUAAAAUCAAAAGGAAUAGUUUGCGUGAAAAAUUACAAAAACGGAAAAGAGAGAGACAUGAAUUAUUUACUCUUACUUCCUCCAUUCCAUCUACUUCAACAGCUGAUUCACCUCUUCCUGGUGAUUCCAAUACGUCUUUAAUAAAAUCUGACCAUAAUGAAUACGAAAGGGAUAUUCUUUGUAUAUUGCACGAAUCUUUACCAAAUCUACCAAUUACAUCUGCAGAAAUAAUAGAUCAACUUCGUAAAAAUCUUAAUGCUGAUGUGUCUUCCUCGGAUAUCCAUAAAAUUUUAGAGAAAUUAGCCGCACAAGAGAUUAUUAAAAUCAAAGAAGUCACAGAAAAUGAAGUUUUUGGAUAUACAGUUCUCUCUGUCGCAGAAUCACAAUCAUCAUGUCUCUCUCAAUCUGAUGAUACAGAAAAUCCUGAGAGCGCAGAGACAUCCGCAUCUGAAUUAAAUGAUUAUAUACCUUCAGAGAAACAGAUGAAAAUAGAUAAAAAGAAUACAGAAGAUAUAAUGUCACUGAUCUCAAUGCCGACAAUAAGAGAAAAAGAAAGUAAAAAAGUAGGAGAGCAAAUCUUGGAUCUUCUGUCAAAACAAACAUCUAAAGAAAAAUCAUUAGCUGAGAGAUUUCGUUCUCAAGGCGGUGCACAAGUUAUGGAAUUCUGUCCACAUGGAACGAGAGUAGAUUGUGCCAAAUUAAAUGGUGGGCCAGGUUUUGCAGAAAAAUGUAAAAAAUUACAUUUCAAAAAAAUUAUACAAAGUCACACAGAUGAGUCAUUAGGCGAUUGUAGUUUUCUUAAUACUUGUUUUCAUAUGGAUACAUGCAAAUAUGUCCAUUAUGAAGUAGAUGGUCCUACUGCACAAAUAAAAGAAUCAAAUGAUUCUGAUGGUAUUAACAGUACUAUAAUUAAUAAGACAACAAACGUUGAUAGUAAAAAUGGUAGUAGCACUAGUUGUGCAAGUAGCGUAGGUAGCGAGUUAACUCUUUAUCCACCACAAUGGAUACAAUGUGAUUUACGAUAUCUAGAUAUGACGGUUCUUGGGAAAUUUGCUGUCAUUAUGGCUGAUCCACCAUGGGAUAUUCAUAUGGAAUUACCAUAUGGUACAAUGUCAGAUGAUGAAAUGAGGCAAUUAGGAAUACCUGCGCUUCAAGAUGAAGGGCUUUUAUUUUUAUGGGUAACAGGAAGAGCAAUGGAAUUAGGAAGAGAGUGUCUUCAAUUAUGGGGUUAUGAAAGAGUUGAUGAAAUUAUUUGGGUAAAAACAAAUCAAUUACAAAGAAUUAUAAGGACUGGAAGAACGGGUCAUUGGUUGAAUCAUGGAAAAGAACAUUGUUUAGUGGGUAUGAAAGGAAAUCCACGUAUUAAUAAAGGAUUAGACAGUGAUGUUAUUGUAGCAGAAGUUCGUGCAACUAGUCACAAACCAGAUGAGAUUUAUGGUAUUAUUGAACGCAUGAGUCCUGGAACAAGAAAAAUUGAAUUAUUUGGUCGUCCACAUAAUGUACAACCUAAUUGGAUUACACUUGGUAAUCAAGUAGAUGGAGUACAUUUGAUUGAUCCACAAUUGAUUAAAGCCUUUAAAAAGCGUUAUCCCGAUGGAAAUUCAAUGAAACCUACAAAAUCUUAAAAUCAAUUAUACAUUCAAAAAUGAACAAUUUCAUAAUUUGUCUCACUUACAUUCAUACCUUAUUACUCUUUACAGAAGUACAAAAAUAUAUAAUUGUACAUAUAUUUUUAUAAGA